AUGGCGGCGAAUCUGCUACAGCUCUCUUCUCCUUCUUCCUCGCGUUUAGCCGCUUGCGUCAGACGCAGAUACUGUUUCACGAAUCGCGAGAUUGAUCUCUUGCGCCGCGAUUCCUUUGAGUGCCGCGCUUCCCGCGGUGGACGGUUCAGAUUCCGUGCGGAGGAGGAGGAGCUCUUUCGCGACGGAGGCUUUAGUGGAUUUGGGUUUGGGAACAGUAAGAAGAAGAAGAAGAGACCGUGGUGGCUCGACGACGAUGACGAUUAUGAUGAUUUGAUGAAUGACGAAGAUGACUGGAGUAUGGUUUUUGAGGUUUUUAAGACUAUAAGCUGGAUGCUUGCACCAAUCGGCAUAUCUUUGCUUCUUGGAACAGAUUCAAACGCUGGUUUAAUGGCAUUAGCAGUUCCUUUAGUGCAAUCUCUGUUUUCACUUGUGGUGAAUAAGGUCUUGAGCAGGCCAGGCAUUAGACCUAUGAGACGAAGCAGAAGAGAUACAUUUUCAAGAACAAGGAAAGCUAGGCGAGAAGAGUACAUGGGUGGUGGUGUGGAUAAGGGAGAUUACAAGUCAUGGAUGGUAGGAGAUGAUGCUGAUUCUAACAGCUUAGGUUCUAUGUAUGGAGGUUGGGAUGAUCUAGACAAGCUAAGGGAGAUUAGAAAUGACGAGGAUGUUCGUCAAAAGCAACAGUUUAAAAGAAAAGCUAGUCCACGGUGGAGAGUUAAAGAGAAGCCAUUGCUAUUGAGGAUGCUAAUUGCUGCCUUCCCCUUUUUGAGUUCAUGGACCAAAUUGUUAUAUUGA